AAUCGUUUUUCUACUACUGUCUCUCUCACUGACUAUUACGUCGUCCAUUGCAGGGGACACAAACGGUCAAGGUUUUAUCCCCUUUUUUGGAUCGUUUUAGGAUUUGUGGAUUCCUAGAUUUCAGCGACGUACCUCUUUCUUUAAAAAUGCGGCUGCUAAUUCUCAAUAUAUUAUUUGUGGUUUGGCAAAUACAUGGCGUCAUCGGACAGAGUACAAAUGCAGCUGUGGUGUCAACAACCGCGGCGCCAGUUAAACCAGCCACUUAUAUGCUUGUCGCCCCAGCAGUAGUGCGACCCGAUCAACCGUUCUCCGUUUGCAUGAACCUUCUGAAACAAGCUACGGAUGAAGACAUGAUUGUUCGGAUUGAAGUGAGAACUGAACGGAACGAGACGAUUGCUGCUCGAGUUAUAAGCAAUUUGAAGCCGGGAAUCGCACAGACUGUCAGCUUGAGUGAGAUGCCUGCUCAAUCACUAACUCCUAGGCAAAGCUAUAAGCUCUACAUCCGCGGGGAGACUCUUAACGCAGAACUCAUAUUUGAAAACGAAAAUGAGUUAAAGUACGAUCAAAAAGCUUUAUCAGUUUUCAUCCAAACAGAUCGAGCAAUCUAUCGGCCUGCUUCUCUUGUUCGAUACCGGGCAAUUGUAGUGAAAUCGGACUUGAAACCUUACGUCGGAAACGCUACUAUUAAAAUUUUCGAUCCAAGCAGAAAUCUGAUUUCACAGACGAUUGGUGUAACUUUGGAUAGAGGAGUAUACAGCGGCGAGCUCCAACUUGCCGAAGAGACUCUCCUUGGAGAUUGGUUUAUCGAGGUGGAAACCUCGAAUGGAGUCCAGGACAAGUCGUCAUUUACGGUAGAUACAUACGUGCUUCCCAAAUUUGAAGUGAAUAUCAAGACGUCUUCGUUUAUAACUAUUAACGAUGAUUUGUCAGUGUUCGUCGAUGCAAAGUACACAUAUGGAAAAGGCGUUGCUGGAAAGGCCAAAGUAUCUCUAGAGCUUCCAUGGCACAGAUGGCAUGCGAUGGUUCCCACUAUCAUUGACGAAAAUGGAGUCAAGAAGGAAGAGGAGCUGAUGGUCGAGCGUACUGUAAAGCUGAACAGACAAGGAGAAGCGGCAGUUGUUUUCUCGAAUGAUGAGCUCAAGAGGCACAAGUUGCUACAUGAAUGGGGAGGAGGUUCAAUUCGAAUUGUUGCCUCAGUCACUGAAGACAUCACUGAAAUCGAAAGAAACGCUACUCAUCAAAUUUCAACGUUCCGUGAGGAGGUCAAACUUGAUGUUGAAAAGCAGGGAGACACCUUCAAGCCAGGACUCACUUAUAAUGUUGUAGUUGCACUGAAACAAAUGGAUGACACUCCCGUGAAGGCAACUUUGCCAAAGAGAGUUCAGGUAUCAACAUUCUACAACUAUCCAUACAAUCAUGACACUUCAUCUCUGCAAGAGGAAAAAGAAACAAAAAUUGUGGAAGUUGACGCUCACGGCACCUCGGUUCUCACCCUCCAACCACCAAUCAACUGCACUUCUGCUCGCAUUGAGGCUCAUUAUGAUAUUGGUGGCAAGGACAACUUCACAGCCACCCCAAUAUAUUCCUCGCUAUAUGUCGAGGCAGCCGUGAGCCCAACGAAGAGUUUCCUGCAGCUUUUGGCUGAUAAUGAGGGAGCUGUUGAUGUAGGAAAGAGUCUUAGCUUCUCGUUGAAGGCUACCCAGCCGCUGUCGACAAUUACCUAUCAGGUCAUGUCUCGUUCGAACAUUGUGGUGUCUCAACAAAUGACUGUUAAUUCCGAACAUGCGACCAUUAGCUUCCCAGCAACGGCUAACAUGGCCCCAAAGUCACGGUUGAUCGUCUAUGCCAUUAUUGAGAGUAGUCAAGAAGUUCUUGUUGAUGCACUUGACUUUAAAGUAGAAGGAAUAUUCCAAAACCAAGUGGCACUAUCAAUUGACAAACAAGCAGUCGAGCCAGGACAGAAUGUGAAGUUUAAGGUCACAUCUGACAAGAACUCUUUUGUUGGGCUUCUUGUGGUAGAUCAGAGUGUUCUCUUGUUAAAAACUGGCAAUGAUAUCACUAGAGAAAAAGUUGAGCAAGACUUGGAGAAUUAUGACUCUAAUAAUGUUGGAGGAGGAUUCGGGGGUCCACGGCCAUGGGAGGCAAUUGAUAGAAAGAAGAGGUCCAUUUGGAGACCUUGGUGGGGAAUUGGAGGGAGUGAUGCUCAAUCAAUCUUUUCUAAUGCUGGGCUUGUAGUUUUGACCGACGCCCUCUUGUACCGCGAGCCUCAACGUGAAUUUAUGUCAGUAAUGAUGAUGGAUGGUGCUCCAGGAAUGGCUGAAGCCGCAUUCGCCGCUCCGCCAAUGGGCGGGUCGUCGCCUCCACCGCCGACAGUUCGAAAGUUCUUCCCACACACCUGGAUUUGGUCGGAUCUCAACUCUACUAGUGGAGAAGUUGAGAUGGAAAUUGAAGCUCCGGACACCAUCACCUCGUGGGUCGCCUCCACUUUUGCAAUCAAUGAGGAAAAUGGUCUCGGUGUGGCUCCAACGACUUCAAAACUUCGCGUGUUUCGUCCAUUUUUUAUUCAACUCAAUCUUCCAUAUGCUGUCCGUCGUGGAGAAAAGUUUGCACUUUUGGUGCUUGUUUUCAAUUAUAUGGAAAAGGAGCAAGAUGUAACAGUGACUCUGAAGUAUGAUAAAGACUCUGGUUACGAUCUCCUGAAGAAAGAUGGAACUGUAGUAAGGCGUGACGAGGUUGGCCAACAAAAUGUUCGUAUUGUGUCCGUUGCUGGUGGAGGAACAUCGAAAGCAGUGUACUUCCCAAUUGUGCCGUCUUCAAUUGGAGAGAUCCCGGUACAUAUAAGCGCUAUUGCAUCCCAAGGUGGUGAUGCAGUAGAGAUGAACUUGAGAGUUGAUCCACAAGGAUAUAAAGUAGAUAGAAAUAUUCCAUUUGUCAUUGACCUCAACAAUAACUCUUCGGAUUUCUCCAAAAAUCUUGAGCUUAUCUGGCCAAACGACGUGGUUGAUGGAUCGCAGAAGGCAAGAUUAGAUGUGAUUGGUGAUAUGAUGGGACCAGUGUUAAACAAUGCUCAUAAGCUCGUACAAAUGCCAUAUGGAUGUGGAGAACAGAAUAUGUUGAACUUGGUUCCAAAUAUUUUGGUGGUCAAGUACUUAAGAGCAACAAAUAGAAAUGAGAGCCAAUUAGAGACAAAGGCUAUCAAGUUUAUUGAGCAGGGAAUUCAGAGGGAGUUGACGUACAAACGUGCUGACAACUCUUUCUCAGCUUUUGGCGAUAGUGAUAAAGCUGGUUCAACGUGGCUCACCGCAUUUGUCGUUCGAUCGUUCCAUCACGCCAAACAAUACGCAUUCGUGGAUCCUAAUGUUAUUUCCCGAGCAGUCGCAUUCUUGAACUCUCAACAAAUGGAGUCUGGUGCAUUUGCCGAACGUGGUGAAGUUCAUCACAAGGAUAUGCAGGGAGGUGCUCAGGACGGGGGUGUAGCUCUAACGGCAUUUGUGCUAAUCUCGAUUUUGGAGAAUGGAAUGGAGAAUGGAAAGGCGGUGACGUAUUUGGAAAAGCAUUUGGAUGAAGUAUCUGGAAAUGCGUAUACAAUGGCUGUAGUGGCAUAUGCACUUCAAUUGGCAAAAAGUAAGCAAGCUGGAAAGGCAUUCGAGAAUUUGAAGAAACAUAAGAUCGUUGAGAAAAGUGGAGAUGUGAAGUUUGCCAGUGCUCAGAAAAAAGUGGAGAAACUAAAAGAAUCGAGAGCGUAUAUGUUCCAGGCCCGUCCAGUAGACAUUGAAACUACCUCUUACGCAGUUCUUUCUUACCUCGCCCAAAAUCAAACCUCAGAAUCUCUCUCAAUUAUUCGUUGGUUAGUAUCCCAACGCAACGAGCUAGGAGGAUUCACUUCCACUCAAGACACUGUCAUGGCUCUUCAAGCUCUCUCUUCCUACGCAGCAGUCACUUAUUCCGACAAACACACAAGUCAAGUAACAAUUCUCAACGGAAAACAUACUCACUCAUUUGAUAUCAACAUAAGAAACGCAAUUGUUCUCCAAUCCUAUCAACUAUCUUCAUUGAAUGAUGCAGUUUCAAUUAAUGCCAAUGGAACUGGUGUGGUCUUCGCUCAGUUGAGUUAUUCUUACUACAGGGACUCUUUGAAUGACGAUGCUCCGUUCUUCUGCUCCCAGGAGAUCAAGGAAAUAAGAGCUGGAAAUCGACUGCAAUUGGAUUUGUGUUGCAACUAUACCCGUCCUGGAAAGUCUAACAUGGCUCUAGCCGAAAUUGAUGCCUUGAGUGGUUACCGAUUCGAUGCGGAACAGGUGCAUACUUUGACAAGUAUUGAGGAUUUGCAAAGGGUGGAGAUGGAAAAGGACGACACUAAGAUGAACGUAUAUUUCAACCCGCUCGGUGGCCGUCCGGUAUGUCUCUCGUUAUACUCUGAUGUCACUUAUCAAGUUGCCGAUCAAAAACCUGCCAACUUCCGAUUAGUGGAUUACUACGAUCCGGAGGAGCAGCUCAAAAUGACAUACGCCGCCAAGCAAACACGAUCGCUGCAAGAGAAAUGUGGGGAAGACUGUUGGCCACCGAUUUCCCCAUCACUGCCUCCAUUUGACGAGUCGACAGUAACAGGCACGUCCUCUGGUUUUGGUGCCAAGUGGUGUGCUCUUAUCAUUGCUGUGCUCCUUAUUGCAUGAAUUUGCUGCUUUUAACCAUGUUAACCUUGUUCCAUUUGAAUCCCCGUUUUUAAUUGUUUGCUCUGCUCCAUUGAUACGGUUAUACCCCUUCUCUUUCCUAAACUUUCAGAUUAUUUUUCAGAAAUUUACUGAAAUGGGUGCUGCUCUCGGAUCGUCAUGCCCCACCCCGCCCGUCCGUUGAUUAAUAAUAUUUGUAUUUUUUGUCGAUAAAAGUUUUGAUAUUUUGAUAGUUCCGCCA